AUGCUACAGGCAACGCUGGAGGCGCUGGAACUGCGGCGCCAGUGGAGUUCCCGCGAACGCGGGGGAGCAGUAACUUAUUCCCGCGAAAACCCCCCAAGGCUAGCUCUCUCUCCCCCUUCACUGGGUGGGAAACAGAAACAACAAAGGCAACAGCUGCUGCCGGAGAGGAAGCACCGGCAGCUGCAACUGGUAUCGAAGGAAGAGCAGCAGAAACAGCAGCAGCAGCAACAAAAAGAGUUGAAACAACAGCUAAAACAAAAACAUAAACUCACACAGAAACAGAAACAACAAAGGCAGCAGCUGCUGCCAGAGAGGAAGCACCGGCAGCUGCAACUGGUAUCGAAGGAAGAGCAGCAGAAACAGCAGCAGCAGCAACAGCAGCAGCAGCAGCAGCAGGAUAUUUCUAAACAAGAGUUGCUGUCGCAGCAGCUGAGUGAGCUGCAGCAGCUGCAGCCACUAGCCAUCCACCUGGCUCAGCGUGUAUACAGCGGCGAGGCCUUCAACGCCCUUGACGUUUUACGCAGCAGUAUAGAGGGGGCUCGACAGGUGCAGGAGAAGCUACAGAAACAGCAGCAGCAGCAGCAGCAGCAGGAGCAGCAGCAGCAGCAGCAGCAGCAGGAGUAUGUUUCUGUGUCUCCCCCAGAGGAUGUAGAUACAGAUAUGCUGGCUGCUGCAGUUGAAUCUGGUGUAGAUGGUUUAUCUUUAUUAUAUGAACUAUCAAGCAGCAGCAGGAGCAGCAGCAGCAGCAGCAGCAGGAGCAUGUUUCUGUUUCUCCCCCAGAGGAUGUAG